CAUCCUUCUAGCAAUAUAACACCAACUUUUAAUUCCUUCAUCUAAAAAACAAUGGCUUUCAAUAACAAAACCUUUCUACUUUCGAUCUUGUUCUUUGUAUCAUUGUGUGUAGCAAACGGUGUUCCACCUGAAACCAUUUGUGGGUCUACGGUAGACCCUACUUAUUGUAAAAAUGUGCUAGCCAAUCAAAAUGGCAACAUUUAUGACUAUGGUCGUAUUUCUAUUCGUAAAUCUUUAUCCCAAUCUCGGAAGUUUAUGACUUCAAUUGACUCAUAUCUUCAUGGCAGCUCGUCUUUGUCUCAAUCGACAAUUCGUGCUCUUGAAGAUUGUCGAUUCCUUGCUGACUUAAGUUUUGAAUACUUAUCAAACACUUAUGCCACUACAAAUCAAUCUAAUAAUGUUCUUCCAACAACUCAAGCUGAGGAUUUUGAAACUUUUCUCAGUGCCGUUUUGACUAACCAACAAACAUGUUUGGAUGGUCUCAACACUAUAGCUUCUGAUCAAAGAGUGAAAAACGACUUGUCGUCAUCACUCUCUGAUGACAUAAAGCUUCAUAGUGUCACUCUAGCCUUGUACAAGAAGGGUUGGGUGCCUGAAAAUAAAAUAAGGACAUCAUCGCCACAAAACGGAAGACAUUUGAAUUUUAAUAAUGGUCGUUUACCAUUGAAAAUGUCAAAUAAAGUACGUGCUAUAUAUGAUUCUGCUAGACAACAUGGAAGAAAAUUACUUCAAACGAAUAGUGGUGAAGAUAGUGUUGUGGUGAGUGAUAUUGUAGUUGUUAGCCAAGAUGGAAGUGGAAAUUUUACCACUAUCAACGACGCAAUAGCUGCUGCACCGAAUAACACAGUUGCUAGCGAUGGAUACUUUUUCAUUUUCAUCACCGAAGGUGUGUAUCAAGAGUAUGUUUCUAUACCCAAAAACAAGAAGUACUUGAUGAUGGUUGGAGAAGGAAUCAAACAAACAGUUAUCACAGGCGAUCACAAUGUUGUUGAUGGGUCCACUACAUUCAAUUCGGCCACAUUUGCUGUGGUUGCUCAAGGGUUCGUAGCUGUAAACAUAACAUUCCGCAACACCGCUGGACCAGGAAAACACCAAGCAGUUGCAAUGAGAAGUGGAGCAGAUAUGUCUACCUUCUAUAGUUGCAGUUUUGAAGGGUAUCAAGACACAUUGUAUACACAUUCUCUAAGGCAGUUUUAUAGAGAAUGCGAUAUAUAUGGAACUGUUGAUUUCAUAUUUGGAAAUGCUGCAGUUGUUUUACAAAAUUGUAAUAUUUAUCCUCGUCUUCCACUAAGUGGACAAUUCAAUUCGAUCACAGCUCAAGGUCGAACCGAUCCAAAUCAAAACACCGGAACGUCGAUACAAAAUGCGACUAUUAAAGCAGCAGAUGAUUUGGCUCCCAAAGUUGGAACAGUUCAAACAUAUCUUGGAAGACCAUGGAAGGAAUACUCAAGGACAGUUUUUAUGCAAUCCUCCAUGGAUAGUUUCAUUAACUCUGCUGGUUGGCAUGAAUGGGAUGGUAAUUUUGCAUUGAGCACUUUGUACUAUGCAGAAUACAAUAAUAGAGGACUUGGUUCAAGCACUGUGAAUCGAGUUACAUGGCCUGGUUAUCAUGUUAUUGGUGCUACUGAUGCAACCAAUUUCACAGUGUCCAACUUCUUGAGUGGUGAUGGUUGGAUUCCUCAAACUGGUGUCCCAUACUUGAGUGGAUUGAUAUAGCUAGUCAAAUUCAAACAUUUAUAGUAUCAAGUUGGUUGAAUUUUAUAUUUUUUGUUAUCUAAACGUGUUUUCUCUAUAUGCAUUUGUGUUCAAGGGAACAUGAGACUUUGUUGUAAAUUUUAUUAUAAAAAUAUAAUUGAUGAUUAUACUUAUACAUAUGAUAUCUCUCCAAAGGAUAUAUGGACAUAUGGUUGACUUCAGUAA